UGUACCUUGGCUUGACAAAACAAACGUCAAAUCGUAUGACGUAUCACUGAGUGUUUAUGAAUAUAAUAUACUUUUGUUCCAAAUGCCUCAAUGCAGUGCGUUAAAUUGUAAAAACAGAGGAAUACAUUUAUUUCCAAAGGAAAGUAAACGUAGAAAGCAAUGGGAAUCUGCGUUACGUAUAAAAAACUUCGAAGCUAGUAGCACAGCACGAUUGUGUGUUGCGCAUUUUACAGAAAAAGAUUAUUACGGGAAAAUCAAUUAUACAGGUUAUGAGCUCCUUGCAAAAUUUCUUAAAAAGACAGCUGUGCUAUCUGUGUUCUUCUUAACGAAGAUAAAACCAGAAAAUCCAGCUGCUGUGGCACAUCAACAACGUAUUGAACGAAGAAGUCAGUCGAGUAACAAAUGUAGAUGAUUCACAACCAUCAAGUAGCAAAGUUAACCUAAUAAGUGACAGAGACAAUUUACUGGAAGUUGAUCAUGAAGAAGCAGUCAAAACAGAAGACAACAGUGCAGUAGGAUGUAGAUAUAUUAUGCAUGAAUUUAUAUCUAAGGGCACUCAAGUUGAUCAAGAACACAAAUAUGGGUUUAUGAAUAGAUAUAAAGAUGAUAAUGCCACUAUUAAGUUUUACACAGGUUUUGAAUCAUAUAAAAAAUUGAAUUUAGUCUACUCAGCUCUUAGUCCAGUGGGUCACAAAAUAAAAUAUUAUGGCAGCAAUGUGAUUAUUCUUAGCAGUGAUUCUAAUUCUAAUUUAUUAGUUGGUGCAAUACCUGGUAGCUUGCUGUUAUAUUGUUCUCAAGCAUUUGCAGGAUUGAUAAGUGAUCAGUAGGCAGUGGAACAAAGUGACCUUUUAGCAAAA